AUGGAGUUCAGUCGGGCCCCGCACCAGAAAAACCUUCUCGUCGCGAGUAGUUAUGACAAAACCGUACGUCUUUGGGAAGUCAAACCGAGCGGCCAAACCGAGUCAAAAAUGAUGCUGCAUGUGCCCGAUCCAAUUUUAGACGUCUCCUGGAGUGUUAACGGUAGAACGAUUUUCAUGGUAUCUAGUGACAACAAAUUGAGAGGUUGGGAUCUAGAAACCCUGAUAAGGUUGCAAGCACACAAAUCUGAUGAUGUACCCCUAAAGACUUGUCAUGUUAUCACAGGACCAUAUUACGAGUCUUGUAUCAUGACCAGCUCAUGGGAUAAUAUGUUAAAGAUUUGGGAUACUAAAUGCAAACGCCCCGUGGAUACCAUUCUCGUACAUAAUGACAUUUCUUAUGUCGAUGUGGAUUAUGAUAUGGCGGUUGUCUGUACGGAACAGGGGGAUAUUUAUGUGUAUACUUUAGGACGUCAGAUUGAAAUGGUAAGACAGGUAAUCCCGCCUUUGCCAAGUCACCAAUGUUGUGUUUCAAUAUUCAGAGAUAAGAAAACAAACACCCCUGCCGGUUUUGGUUUGGGAAAUGGCGAAGGACGCGUGUUCAAAAUUUACAACCACAAACCGGGGCAAUUAGAAAACACGGUUUGGUUAAGUGGCGAUAAUCCAGACGAUAACGUGACGGCGAAACCGCGCCAGACAUUCAAUACUGCCAUUAACGACAUAAAGUUUCAUCCUGUCCACGGUACAUUAGCAGUUGCCAGAUCGAAUGAUACAUUUUCAUAUGUGGAUAUGAAGCGACAAAUAGUAUUAAAGGAAUCCAAGAAAUUGGGCCAACCAAUACACAAAUGUUGUUUCAACGAUGACGGUCAAUUAUUUGCUUACAGUACUUGCUGUUCUGACCGGUCAAAGGUCGAAAAAACAAAGCCAUCAAUUUUCAUAAAUGAUCGAUGUUUUGAUGCUAUGAAUCCUCAAGCCUGCAAAGAGUAG